AUGAUAUCCAUAGGGAAUGAUAUUCAACUUUAGAAUAAGAAUCUCAUUUAAUCAAGUGAAAGCACAAGUUCUUAAGCUAAAGAGAAAAUUUAAAAUUAAUCAGCAAGGAGAAGCACUACAGUUACAGUGAAUGGUAUCUCUACAAAUGCAAAUACUUCAAAUCUUAGCGGUACAUCAUCUGUGUAAAGUUCAACCGAUUUAACUAACGAUCUUCCAAUAUAAAUUGAUCCUAAUAUGAAUGUUGGUGUGAAUCCCUCAACUAACUUUUUCGUUAAAGCAUAAACUUCAACCACUAACUAUUGA